AUGCGCGUCACUUCCGAGCCCUCCCCGUGUGCCCGGUGCUCUGCCUCAGCCCGCACGGCGCCCCCGGGCGGCCCGGAGGUCCCGCGGCUCGGGCGAGGGCGCGGCCGGCUGGGGGCGCGCGGGGCGGAGCGGCGCGGAGCUCACUCCCUGCCGCGGACGGGGGUCCCGGCGGGCCGGCCCGGGGUCUGUGCCGCCCCGCCCGGUCCGGCUCAGGGGCUGCAGGAACUCUGGAGGCCCGUGGGCCUUGGGGGCCCGGGGGUCGUGGCCGGCGUGGGCGCGCGCGGCCGCGGGGUCAAGCGCGGGCGGAGCUCCCGGACGGCGCGUCGCUUCUGCGCGUGCGCGGCCGCCGCCGCCUCUGCGCUUGGAAACCCUGGCCUCUUCUCGGUCGUCGCCCUCGCUCCCUCCCGUCUCCUCAAAGCCGCCUCCGUUUCCGUGAGGGCUGGCCCUGCGCUGGUCUCUGUGUCUCGGCUCCCUCUUUCGCGGCUCGCUCGCCGGCUGCUGUCUCGCCCUGACUGGAGCUGGUCCGCGCCGGCGGCCUCCGCCUCUCCGGACUUCCCUGGAGCUCUCGCUCAGCCUGUCCAGACUCCCUCCUUGUGGGCGCGUCGCCGGUCGCCCUGCGUGGAUGCCUCUGGUGAAGCAGACGUUUCCAGCCUGACGGUUCCGGUCAGCUCCGAACGGCCGCCCUGCGCGGCGGCGGAGGCGGCAGACGCAGCGCUUCUGAACAUCACGGGCCCUGGCCUCUUCUCCGCGGAGGUCGGCCCCCCCUCGCCGCGGAGCGCGGUGGCGGGGCGCGGCCCUGACGCCCCUGAGACCCCGGGAGCAGGGCUGAGCUGCCGCGCAGACUGUGCACCAGCGCGAUGGGCAAGGCAUCCCGGGGCAAAGGUGAGGGCACGCCGAGGGAGACAGGUCAGAGGACGAGUUCGAUCCCCAGAACGAGCGGCAGAGGAGAAGCCCGCGGACGGCAGGCCGUGGCGGCCGGCUCCUCUCAGCGCGGGAGGAGGCCGGCGGAGCGGGUGGGAGACGGCGCUCUGGAGUCCGACUGAGCGCGGAGCAUUGGGACGCUUACCGUCAGACAAGCAUGCCUCCUGUGUCUUUGUGGCGUUCCUAAAGGAAGCCUCUGCGAUCGUCAGGAUUUCCUGGCUACGAUCAUUUGCCAAACGGCAGCACAGCUCUGCACUGUUCGGAGGUUCCCAAAGGUGUGCGCAUGGUCACGGCUCUUCCUCGGGUACCUGUGCGCUCCUCAACCCCACCCACGUCCCCUCGCUCUUAUGUGACCUGGUCCACCUCCUUUUUGUUCAGUCCAGUACUUAGACAAGUCCAGUCAAUCCUUGGCUUGCGGCAGGCCACUAUCCUUUCUUUAGCUCUUAGCUCUAGGGAGUAAUUGAACAAUUUCUUACAUUUGUAUAGGACUUUAACAUUUACAAAGUGCUUUACUUUUUAGUGUCUCAGUAAUAUUCCCAACAACUUUCUGAUGUGACACUAAACUGAGAUUAGAGGCUUGCUUCUCCUUAAGGUCACACAGCACUACAUGGCAAACAGGAUUAGACCAAGCUGAGGACCAGGCCUCUUCAGCCAUCCCAUAAACAUUUAUAUAAAUGGUUUGUGGAGGAAACAGAAUUUUUUUACAUGCUAAUAACAAAUGUCAGUGUGUGAUUUUCUUGAUUUUAUGCAGAACAGUGAAGUCUACUUGUUCAUAUAGAACAGAAGAGAAACCAUUCAUUUAAAGAAAACAGAAAGAGGACACUUGACAAAGAGAAAGUGUAUUAACAUUCAUGUUGGAGAAUACAUGUGAGAGGAUUUUAUAAAUCCUGUCAAUGAAAAACUGACAGGUCUUUGAUAUUUUUACUAUUCUCCCAAGAGUUUGAAAUCCUAUUUGCAUAAAACACUUAAUAAACACUUGCCACCAUGAAGAGUUGAAGGCCCAGGUUCAUGUUCCAGUUCUGCACCUUACAAGCCACGGCACGUGAGCUUCAGCAAGUGACUCAACUCCUAUCCUUGCCUCCUCUUUUACAAAAUGGGGGAAAUAAUGCUCGCUCUCAGAGGAUUGUUUAUGGCGGCUAAUUAUGCAAAAGCAUAAGGCAUACAGUAAGAGGUAUUAAUAUAAUGAGUAUCAUUAAUAAAAUUUUAUUUGAAAACUUUAUCAGGUCAGUUACAAGGUAAUGAUCUGAGCAUUGCCAUAAAGUAUAUCAAAUCCCAAGUUUCUUAUCAGGGAUUCUCAGUUCCUAGGUGUGGCAAUAAAAUCAUCCUUUAGAGAGCA